CGCCUCAGGAGUGGAGGACUUUGCUCCUCGUCCCUUGUGCUGUGGGUCUCGGCUAGAGGGCUCUUGUGAGGGCUGGAGGUUACUGUGAACGUUCUGCUAACAACCCUUUACAAUGCUGUGUGUUACCAUGGGCAUAAUAAAAUUUGUAUCGUGGCAGUUGCUUGCUGACAAGAUGAAGUUUAGUGGUAUCAGCUGCUGUGGGGGUCUCAAUUUUUGUGUCUGUAUAAAAUGCGGGGGGCAGAGGGGGAACAUUCUUGAUUAUUUCAGUUUGUGGAGAAAAUGGUUUUUUUCCCUGCAGAUUCAUGGACUUGAUAGUAAUGCAGCUGAGAUCCUAUGGUAUCAUGAGAUCUCCAUUUCGCACAAGUAACAUUAGAAAUAAGAGUCGGGCCUUAAGCUGUUCAUCUGUUCCACAGAAUGUGCAUGUUUUCCACUCUUGGGAAGCUUAGCAUUACAACAUAAAACAUUCUGGUCCUGAUUCUGCCAGCUUUAUUGAGGUGCCUCUGAUGAAAGUACUUCUCAAGUCAGUAGAUCUGACUUGUUCUCUUUUCUGCUACUGUGAUGGAUUAGAGAGUGAUUUCCUUAGCAUCACUGUCACUAGUAGUGGAACAGGAUGGUUGACAGAAUAUAAACUCUUUUAAUUUUUAUGAUUCUUUCAGUGAAUGUGUUUGCUAGUAAUAUUAAAAUGCUAGUAGUGGUCAAGCUGCCUGCUUAUAUGUUUGGGUGUGAACGUACUAUUGAUUAAGCUAAACUGGUACCAGUAAUGGCAUUUUUCUGAUAAUCUCUGUAUCAUGCGUAGACUUGCUUGAAUUGUUAGGCAAGAGGAGUGCUUCGAAUACACGUGUGAAGAGGUGGAAAAAAUGUUUCUAUUUAUUACAGUACAGCAUAGCUAGUAAGUUGUGUACAAGGAGGUGUACACGCCUCCUUGCUCUAGGUGUGUAGCUAUUAUGGACAGAAUCUGUACUGAAGCAUAACUAAAACUUGCUUGGACAUGAUGUAUUUUUGCAGAAGUAAGACCUGCCGUGGCACACUGUGUCUGUGUAGUGACCCCAAAUCAUUUAGCCUGACCGCAUUUGUUAGUGAUUGAAAGAUAAAGACCUUCACACCUUUUGCUUGGUCUCCGUGGAAAGUAAUGAAACCGGGUAACCUACCAGUGCUCAAACCGUUUGGAAUCAGAGGUGCAGCUUUCCUGGAAAAGCAAAUGGCUGGAGUCUUAAGGGCACCCGGACUACUGUGAGUUUCGGAGGUCAGCCAUGGGCAUUAAAGGUUUGCAGGGAUUUGUGGCAAGAGUUUGCCCUGAUGCAUGCAGAACAGUAGACCUGAGGGAAAUGGCAGAAAAACAUCGCAUCGAUCAUCCUGAUUUCCCGCCUGUUAUUGUAGUAGAUGCCAUGAGUUGUGUUAGAUACUGGUACACACCAGAAUCCUGGGUCUGUGGUGGCCAGUGGCGGGAGUACCUUGCUGUUUUAGAGGAUUUUAUUAAAACUUUUAUGGCAGCUGGUAUCAAGCUGGUGUUUUACUUCGACGGAGUGGUAGAAGAGAAAAAGAGAGAUGAGUGGAUCAAACGGAGGUUGCAGAAUAACAAGGAAAUAGCCAGAAUAUUUCAGUUUAUCAAGACUCACAGGAAACAACCAGGGAGAGGAAUGUUCGUUGUUCCCUCAGCUUUACCUACUUUUACACGUUUUGCUCUGAAGUCACUUGGUCAAAAAACAGUGUGCACAUUGCAAGAGGCAGACUUUGAGGUGGCUGCGUAUGGUUUGCAACAGAACUGCAUAGGAAUUCUCGGGCAGGAUAGUGACUACCUCAUUUAUAAUACAUGCCCCUAUUUUUCCAUUGAGAAGCUCCGUUUGGACAGACUGGUCACUGUUAUGUACUCUCGAGAAGAUCUUUGCCGUGCAUUGGGUCUUAGUUUGACACACCUCCCUCUCUUUGCUUGCUUGCUUGGCAAUGAUGUUGUUCCAGAAAGCUUGUUGGAAGGCUUUUGGCAUAAAUGUUUAGCCACCAGUUCCCACAAGAAUAACAGCUACAACAGAAGAACGAACAUACUUCUAGCUGUAGCACAUUACAUCUCAAAAGUCCCAUGCUCGUACAGCAGCCUGAAACACUUGGAAGAGAUGCUACCUUUGGGAUCGGACAAGACGUUACUUUACAGAGGAGUGGCGUCGUAUCUUUUGCCCGGGCAGCAGUCCCCAUGGAUUCCUCCCAACGUAACAAAUUGCGAAGUGCUCUCACUUCAACAGCAAACAGUCAUGUGUCAGGAUAAGGAAAUCUUUCAGCUAGCUAAACAACAACAUAUCCAAUCUGAAAAUUAUGCAAUCUUCAAUAUCCUGAGUAAUGGAGAGAUUGACUGCAGCAACUCUUUGGAAGAUGAAUGUGAUACAGAGAUUCCUGGACAGGCACUUAUCUACCGUUCUGCUCGUCAGCAUAUUUAUUCUGUCUUGUUGGAAUCUGGAAAAGGUGGAGCUUAUCCUUUGGUAAAAGAGUGGUUUGUCUAUUUUGGAAAUCCUCUCCAGCAGCCGGAGCUGAUACAACCUGUACAACCUUCUAUUCCAGGUGGAACACCUAAUUUGAAAACACUGUGGUUUGCCAAAGGACCUGAUGUGGAAAAGCAACGCUAUACUACAUUUCUGGCAUGCUUUCACCUUCAGGAUGGGAUGGAAGAGCUCCAAGCUCUAGAAGCACCUGUUGCAGCAUUCUGCUGCUUGCUGGCCUAUCUUAUGAUGCAGGUCAGUAGCCUCUCUCUGGAGGACUUAAAUGCAUUUUUGGCACUCAUUCUCUGCCUCAAAGGGAAGUCAUCUGCUCAGCUGGCAGGUUUGCAGAUUGCACAAGUGGACUCCAGAGGUGUACAUCUUGGCGCUGUCUUUGUUCGUGGUCUUACAACUUUGCUCAUGGCCAAUAGUGCCUGUGGCUUUCCGUUCAGGAUGGAUGAUUUGAUGCCUUGGGAAGUGUUUGAUGGAAAACUUUUUCAAGAAAAAUACCAGCAGUCACACCGAGGUUGCUCUUUGGAAGAGCUUUUGGAAGGCAAUGAGUCUUUGUAUACACCCUUCCAGAAUCUGAAGUCUUUCAUUUGCAAGGCUUGCAUGGCAAAGAAAAGAACAAUACAGAGCAGACCAAGAGGGAAUGGAUUUAUCACAGGAACACAACAAAGAGAAUUUAAUCCCAGGUUCCAACAAACACACAGAAGUUCUUUUGUUCCUCCAUAUCAUAACCAGAUGAGGGGGUUCCUAUGGAGAAAUCCUCAGCCACAAGGUAGAGAAUAUGAAUCUGGACAUCCAGAUCGGAGGAGAAGAUUCCACCUUCCUCCUCGAUCACGCAGGUGACCCUGCUUAUUACUGGAAGUGGAUGAAAAUGAAUAAGAGAACAAGAUACUUUUGUACGAAAUGCUGGAGGCUGAAGAUCAUAAAAACUUCAUCAGUAUUUCAAAAAUGGUGGUGGGAAGGCUCUAAUCAGAAAUUUAUUGUGCCUCAUUUUCAGUUCCAUUUUAUUUUCUAUACUUUUUUUCUAGCCUAUAGCUUAGAGAAGUAAAUUAUGGAAUGUUGCAAAACAGUUAUUGUAUAAUUUAGGUUCCAGAUAGUAUUGUUUGGAGCACUUCACAAAAACCUUGUUGAGACAGUUAUGAAAAAUGAUCAUUAUAAAAAUAAUGUCUAAAAGGUAGAAGCCAGUCCUAGGUGUUGGAAAAGGCUGGUAAAAAAUAAUUAAUUCAUCUAUUUCUGUUGUGAAAAAUACAAUGUCUCUUCUGUUAAACUGUUAUGCUAUAUGAGGCUGAAAGUGCCCAGUCUCAGCCAAAAAAGGGUACUUCUAAAGUGUUUACAACCAUAUCAUGGUUAAAAAAUGUUACUUUUCUAUCAUGUGGCUUACUUUCAUAGUUCCUCAGCCUCAGAGAAUGAGAAAAGGGUAGCUAAAACAUUCCAGAAAGUUGUAAAAUUAGUUUCUAUGUAGAAAGCUGCUACAGCUUUAGUGUCCUAUUAUUUGGGGGCCUUUCAGAGCUGAGUCAAAUGUAUACUCCUCUUCUGGAAUACCUAGAAUUCUCCUCCAUGUGUAGUGAGUCAUUUAUGAAACAUUUAAGGUUAACGCCAGACCUUAUAUCUGUCUUUAGCCUCAAAGCAAAGGUGUCAGUGUGAGCCUCUGGCCAGUAUAAUUUUGGAGGAAAUUCUAAAUCAAGAGGAAACUAACAGACACUUUGAAUGCAUUCUUUUUUUUUUUUUUUUUUUCCCUAAGUGGCAGUUGUUUGAAGCACACAGAAUAAACUUUUUUCUCUGCUGAUAUCAUUGGUGCAUCUUUUGCAGAUAUUAGUGGCACCAAGAUUUCAUUCCAUACUGAUAGGGUAGUCCCACGAGGUCUAAGUAAAUGGACAGAGUACAGGUAGGGCGAUCUGGUAUCUCAUGUCUUAAUUUUCACUGGCCUAUUCUUCAUCACACGGACUUUGUUUCUACUUUGGAGAUAUGUGUAUUUUUAGACUAGUACAUAAGUAGACUUGAAAUUAAAUGUCUUUAGACAUGUUUAACAUGAGGAAGAAGCAUUAUUUUUAUAUUCCCAAGUUAAAAUUUAGCUCUAACUUUGAAAUCUAUUUUCAGAAGAAGUACGAUAGCUAUUGUACAACUUGUGCUUUUUUUUUAUGGUACAAUGAUUACCCAUUUAAACUCUGUUGGUCCAUUAUUGUUCAGUUAAUGUUGUUUCUUAGGCCUUGUGCAGGUAACUUCUUUGAGUCAACUGUUAGUGGAACUUAGUUCCUCUUUAGUACACGUUAUGUCAAAGUGAAUAGUGUUGUCAGAUAUACAUAACUCAAUGCUAUAAUUUCCUUGAAUGUAUUUUUCUGUUUGUAACCCCAUAAAUAUAUUCUUUCAUACUCUGCAUACAUAAAU